AUGCUAGAUACCAGCGAAGAAGCCGUCUACUGUCUCGUCGACAGAGGUGGUCUACAAUGGCCAGCCGUGUACUGCUCACAGGAGAUGAUUCCCGUCCACGAAGUAGAGAUUCGCCCUUCGGGGUAUCAUCUGCCGGUUCUUUUGCUCGGGGUCUUCGAAUUCCAAUGGGUCCUUUACCCCUACGACUUCGAUCCUUCGGCCAGAGAGAACAUAACAGACGGACCGCAGCAAAGACAACUCCAAGAGGCGUUUGACAGCAUUCUGAACUCUACACCCGGCUGCCCAGCAUACCCAAAACUAAACUAUUGGCGUAGUGAGAUGGUGGCACGCGACCUGCAGAACAUUGUCACUUCUUCGAGUGAAAAGUCUAGCAACAACUCCGCCCUGCGCAGACCACGCAACACGAAAAGCGCGCGCCCUUCAGUGAAAGACGCGAAGAGAUCAUGGGAAAAAUUCAAGAUUAACAAGGAGUUUGGUGAAGAGUUCCGACAUUCCAAGAAGAAGAGCAAGAUCAAAGCGGGCGCCGGGAAGUGCACUCAUCAUUGGUUUCCUGAUGAGGACGAGGACAAUGCGAAGCCCCCGGUAGGAUACUUCGAGAACCUAAGGAAGGAAAAGGAGAAGGAGGAGAUGGAAAACGAGAAGCUUUUUCUGAACAUCUCGGAUGAUGACGACGACGACGACGAUGACGACAGCACGAGUGACGGUGACACCAAGAGUGAAGGUGGUGCUACGAGCGGCUCUUCUGAUGAGGAGAACACUGACGAUACGAAUCCGCCCGUCUCACGCUCGCACCUAUCGGUCAAGAAAGGGUCCCAAGACAUCGCCUCCGAGGCUUCAGUGAAAACCUCCGUUCGUCCUCAGCCCGCCCGUAGCAAACAACCAAACAGCUCCAAGUCUUCCAGCACCCGGCCAGGUCAAGCUGACAAUGAACCAGCAGUUACCAAGCUCUGUAGGGAACUCGACGGUGCCAGGGCUAACUCCGACUGGGACCAAGCUGAGACGGCCGCUAAUCAACUCAUACAACUGGCCCCCUGGUCCGACGAUUCCACAAUUCUCAUUGCAAAGGCCUUGUUCCGGGUAGCACCCCGUCCCAACGUUGAGCACAAUUUCGAGGACGAUCUCAGGGAUGCAGUCACUGAGCACAUUCAUUGCCGUUAUGAACAGCUCAGGGCGACUAAGAACUCCAUGCUAGCAAUGCUCCUGAGAGAUCACGAGGAUCUCGCGGAGAUGGUGUACGCCAUGAGACUCAAGGAGUUGCGGGAGAAGAGAGUCGAAGUGGUGGAGAUCGACUAG